AUGACACUUCGGAAAUUAUUAGACUUUACAGCGGCUUUGCUCCUCUCAGGCUCCGAGGCUCGGAGUUUUCUAUGGUUAUCAGUUGUUUGUCUGUCCUUAUUCGGCGCGAUGUAUCUCUCACAGACGACAUGGAUGCGGUACCAAUCCUCGCCUACCGUUGUCUCUAUGGAGCGGGACAUGUUUGCCUGGAACACCACAUUCCCAGCCAUCACCAUAUGCACCGGAAAUAAGGUCGAUGAAGGCAAACUUGACAAUUAUAUUAGAAAUUCAGAGGAGACUGACAAAUCAAUGUUGAGAGAAUUCAUCAAAGCACUGGCGAAUGCGUCGUUUCAAUCAUUCGAUUCGCUGCCGCGCUACCGAGCGGUACCUGCUGACCACUACAUGCGCCUGAUCCUCGAUAUUGCCCCGGACUUUAAGCCGGACAUCAACAUUGGCGCCGCUGGCGUCAGCCUCGGCCUCGAACCUACCAUCACCGAGAUGGGUCUUUGUUAUUCUUUCAAUUCUAAAGUUGCUAUCUACAAUUCACCCAAGUACAGAGCUGCUGAUAGGUGGAAUCUCGUGAAAAAUGAGAACGAAACGUUUUUCAUUCAUCCCCUUGAUGGAGAGGUUUUCGCUCAGCUCAUUAACAUCUCGGCUUCCUACAAUGUGUACAUCCAUGGUCCACACGAAGUGCCAGAUAUUUCAACUAAAUAUCAAAAAUCAUCGAAAAAUUUCUAUAUGAAGAUUUAUGUGACUGCUGUGACCGUUUACACGUCAUCGGAAGCGGCUAAAUUAAGAAUUGUACAACGACGCUGUAGAUUUCCCCACGAGAACAAUCUAAAGCACAAUGCCAUCUACACGUACACCUUGUGCCGAAUGGAGUGUCGUAUAAAACUCUGCCUCGAGUAUUGUGGCUGUGUACCACAUUUCUACAGAAGAAUCCGCGAUGAGACAACUUGUGAUAUUGAUGGCUUGCAUUGUUUGGCAAAUUACAAAGAUAUACUGUACAAACUUCGUGAUGAUUCCGGUAGAAAAGUGAGCUGUGAGUGUUACCCGAUCUGCGACGACAUCAACUAUGUCAUACAAACAAAUACACGUCAAGAGUGGUUCUUGGGUACCAACUUGCAGUGGGGUAUCGUCACUUACCCGCGCAUGAGGUACCGACGAGACAUCAUCUUUGGAUUUACUGAUGUACUUGUGGCGGUGGGCGGUAUGGCGGGCCUGUUCUUGGGCUGCAGCGUACUUAGCUUUACGGAGAUCGUGUACUUUCUUAGCUUGCGCUUGUACUGGUACUGCAGGGGUCGUUAA